AAUAUUUCAGUGUUUAUGUUUUUAGCAGUAAACCGUUAUGUUGUUACCGUUACUCCUCCGGUCAGGAGGCGUCGCUAUGGAAACUACGGGCGGUUGUUUAGCUUCGGUGUCCGGGUAAAAAGCAUGGAGUCAAAGCUGCUGAAUGGCUGGCAGCAGCAGAAGGUGGAGCUGGAGGUGGAGGUGUGUCGACUGCAGGAGGAUCUGGCGGAGAGCCGAGCUGAGAAGGAGGAGCUGGAGUCCAGGAGCAAAGCUCUGACGGACAGGCUUUGCCAGACUCUGAAUCCUUCGAUGUCCCUGCUUGAUGAGGAGCAGAGGAGGUGGAAAACGAAGCUGAAGGAGGGAAGGGAGAGGGAGGCCAGACAGGCGCUGCUGAUCCACCGUCUGCAGAACAAGGUGAUCGAGUACAGGGAACGGUGUCACCGUGUGGAUCAGCAGUUGCAGGAAAAUCACUCCAGGGUUCUGCUCUCUGAGCAGAGAAUCAGAGAUGAGCACAGCAAAUCCCUGGAGAACGCCCUCAUCAGUCUGGAGGAGGAACAGCAGAGGUCCACCAGUCUGGCUGAAACCAACGCUCUCCUUCGCCACCAGCUUAGCCAAUCAGAGCAGAUCAACCAGGAGCUGGCAGAAGACCUCAAGAAGCUGACUGCUGAUUGGACGAGAGCAGUGCAGGAGGCGCAGCAAAACGAGGCCGAUUGCCAGAAAGAAAAAGAGUGUCGAUUGGGUCACAUGGGUCAGCAGCAGGCCCGGCUGCUGUCACUCUGGAAGUCGGUGCUUGAUCUGAGGCGACACUGUCACACGCUGAGAACAGCUGCUGACAGGGAUCUGUGGCAGCUCAGGGCGGAGUUUUCCAGACUCUCCUCGUCUCUCCUCUGCAGCUGCGACUCCGUCUGCUCCUCACUGAGGCUCAGCUCCCCUCAGAUCAAACCUGCCUCCUCUGACCUUCCUCCUCCAUCAUACUCAUCUCCUCCUCUGUCCUCCACUCUCAUCCACCCUCCUCCAGACAUCUCAGGCUCUGCACUUUGUCCCCACUCCCCUUCCCCUCUGGGGAUAUUCACCUUAGGAGAGGAAGAGGAGGAGGAGGAGGAGGAGGAGAAACCACUGGAGUUGAAGCUCCAGCAUGAAGUGGAGGUGUUCCAGCUGGAGCAAAGGAUCGAGGAACUCAGUCGCUCCCUGCAGACGGCAGACAGAGCAAGGGAGGCGUCGGAGGCAGACGUGGAGCGGCUGAGGGAAUCGGACAGGACGCUGCAGUCGGUCGGUCAGGCUGUCAUCAGGAUGUUCCAGUCCCUGAGCAGGAUCAGCAACCAGACGCCGAGCGUCUCUACGGACAGCGUCCUCAGUCUGGAUAUGUCCUCCCUGCUGUCGGUUCUGUCUCAGACUGAGAGUAUGCUGCAGUGUAAACACGAGGAGCUGCAGGGGGCAGAGCUAAAUCUGCGGCGGUUCAGCGAAGAGCAAACGUCUCUGCAGCUCCGCCUGAAACAGCUGGAGGAAGAAAAAGAGCAGCUGGACGUGAAAACUGGGAACAUGCAGCAAGAACUGAUACACACACUGGACUCUCUGAGCAGGGAGAAAGACGCUUCCGCCUCCCUGCGUCUGCAGGUGGAGGAGCUGCGGAUGAGAGAGGAGGAGGUGAAGAGGGAGAUCGACAGACUGAAGAGAGAGAGAGACAGAAUGGAGGAAAGAACCCGACAGAUGGAGACAGAAAAAUACAAACGGGUGGAGGCGGAGCUUCUGGAGAAUGUCCAGCUGUCAGAGAGAGAAACUCAGCAGCGGAUUGAGAUCCACAGCCUGAAGGUGAUGCUGGAUAGGGAGCAGCUGGACAGGCAGAGAGCAGAAGAAGAAGGUGCUGAUGCCAGAGAAGCCUUACAGAAGUGCAGGGAGUCCUUGCUGCACCUCUCCUCCUCAGAGACGUUGCUGAAACGGGAGGUGCAGGAGGCGCGGGAUGCCCUGGAGAAAGUGUCGGCUCUGAACUCAUCUCUGGCCACAGACAAGCGAGAUCUGAACAUGCAGCUGCUGAAGCUGGAGACAGAGCUGUCAGACAGCCAGUCACAGCUGCAGACUCUGAGGUCAGAGGUCAGCGUUCUGCAGAGAGACAUUAAAAGUCUGAGGAGUGAGUGCAGCCUCCUGAGAGUUCAGUCGGAGACGCACGCUGAUGUCAUCCAUCAGCUGAAGGAGCGACGCUCACACCUGGAGAGAAACGUGGAGGAGAAGGAGAAGGAGCUGGCCUCCCUGGAGGAGGAGAAGAAGACCACAGAUCAGCAGCUGAACGAGUUAUCCUCCCAGCACACCCUGGUACGCGAGGUGCUAAACGAGGUACAGCAACAGCUGUGGAAGACGGAGGAGCAGCUGAAUCAGACGGAGAGACAGAAGGAGGAGCUGCAGAGAGAAAGCAAGAAGCUGCAGGAGGAACAGGAAGUUCAGAGGAGAUACAAGGAGCAGCUGGAAGAGGAGUUACAGGAGCUGAGGUCCGUGUCGGUGAACCUCCACCUGCAGCUCCGUCUGCAACAGCAGCAGCACUCCCAGUCUGAGGUGGACAGAUGUCAGCAGAACACACACAUCUGUACGCUGCAGCAGGCCAAAGUCAUCUUGCAGGGUGAGAUCGAGUGUCUGAGAGGAGAACUUCAGCGAGAGACGGCAAGAAGAGAAGAUGAGAGGGAGAAAAGGGAAAAAAUGCUGGAGGAAAAGAAGGAGUUGAAGGUAGAAAUGGAGAGGCUGACGGAGGAGGUGAAGGAGCUGCAGACCAGAAGGACGGAGGAAGACGCCAAGUGGAAGAAGGAAAAGGAGUCGUGGCAGAGAGAAAGAGAAGUUCUGAACAAAGAGCUCGGCAUGAGAGAUGGAGAGGUGGAGGCGCUGAGGAGGCGUACCGAGGGACUGAUGGAGGAGGUGGAGGAAAGGCAGAGAGAGGUGGAGAAACUGAGGGUGGAGGUGGCAAAGAGAGAGACUGAGAUCAGCUUUACGAUGGAGAGACUGCAGAGAGUAGAGGCAGAGAAGGAGAACCUGGAGGAGCAAGCAAAGAGGAAAGAGGUCAAUCUAGAAGAAAAGGAGGUGAAGAGAAGAGAGGAGGAGAACCAGAGGGAUUUAGAGACAGAGGCACUGUGCGAACGGAUCGAGAAGCUGGAAACGGAAAAGAAAACAAUGGAGGAAGAGCUCUGUCAGCUGAGGAGUGAGGAGGAGGAGAGGCGGAGAGAGAGAGUUGUAGCGGAUGAGGAAAUCAGCAGGCUGAGAAAAGAAAUCUCCUUUUUACAGGAGGAUGAGAGGAGACAGAGGGAGAAACAGCAGAAGGAGCUGGAGGAGCAGCUGAAAGAGAAAGUAGGGGAGGUGGAGCUCCUGAAAGUGAGGCUGAACGUGGCUCAGGAGGAGUAUGAAGAAAUGAAGGAGGAGGUGGAGAGGAGGGAGCGCGGCCUGGAGCGACAGAUCAGUGCUGUCAGGGACCGAGAGGAGGAGGUGGAGGAGCUGAAGGAGAGCCUGAGGCUGACUGAGGAGCAGAAGGAAGAAGUAGAACGGGAACGGCAGGCAGUCUGUCACAAACUAAAGCAGAAGGAGGCGCGGGAGGAGCAGCUGGAGGCUCUGCUGACAGACACUCAAGCGCUCCUCGAGAAGGAGAAACAAGAAAGAGGAGAAAAAGAGAAAACAAUAACCUCCUUGGGCAAGGAGCUGCAGGAGGCUCAGGCUGAGAGAGAGGGAGCAAAUAAGAGGGUCAGAGAGAAGGAGGAGGUCUGUGAGCAGCUUCAGGAGGAGGUCAGGAUGUGGGAGCAGACAGGAGAGCACAGUGAUAAGGAGGUGAAAAAGCUCCAUAAAAUCAAUAAGGAGCUACAAAAGACAGUGCAGAAACUAACGGUCAUGCUAGAGGAGAGAGAGGAGGAGUUGAAGGAGAAGGGAAAUAUGAGGGUGAAAGAGGAGAAAAAGCUCAACAAGGUCAUGAAAGAGCGACAAGAGGAGGUGCAACAGCUAAAGGCUGCUCUGGAGGAGAAGGAGGAGGAGGUUAGGGAGUGGAAGGAGAAGGCAGACCUGAGUGGGAAGGAGGAGAAAAAACUCACCAAGAUAGUUAAGGAGAGAGCAGAGGAGGUGAAGCAGCUAAGGGCCACACUGGAGGAGGUGAAGGAGCUGAAGGAGAGCCUGAGGCAGACUGAGAAGCAGAAGGAGGAAGAAGAAAGGGAGCGGCAGGCGGUCUGUCACAAACUGAAACAGAAGGAGGUGCAGGAGGAGCAGCUGGGGGCUCUGCUGAAAGAAACUCAGGCGCUCCUGGAGAAGGAGAAAGGAGAAAAAGAGAAAAUGAUCUCCUCCCACAGCAAGGAGCUGAAGGAGGCUCAGGCCGAGAAAGAGGGAGCGAAUGAGAAGGUCAGAGAGAAGGAGAAGGCCCGCGAGAGGCUGCAGGAGGAGCUGAGGAGGUGGCAGCAGACAGCAGAGCAAAGUGAUAAAGAGGUGAAAAAGCUCCAGAAGACCAUUAAGGAGCUACAAGAGGUGGUUCAGAAGCUGACAGUCACGCUAGAGGAGAGAGAGGAGGAGUGGAAGGAGAAGGCAGAGGUGAGCGCCAUGGAUGAGAGAAUGCUCCACAGGGUCAUCAAGGAGCAACAAGAGGAGGUGCAGCAGAUGAAGGCAGCGCUGGAGGAGAAGGAUGAGGAGGUGAGGGAGUGGAAGGAGAAGGCAGAUAUGAGUGUAAAGGAGGAGAAAAAAAUCAACAAAGUUGUUAAAGAUAGAGUAGAGGAGGUGAAGCAGCUGAGGGCAACACUGGAGGAGAAGGAAAAUGAGGUGAGAGAGGGGGAGAGGUGCAGAAGGAUUGAGGAGGAGAAGAGGAGGAGGACUGAGGAGAAGGUGAGGGAGGUGGAGCAGGAACUGGAAGCAAAGGAGAAGGAGGCAAAGGAGCAAGAAGGGAAGCUAAAAGAAAUGGAGGAACAGAGCAAUGUUCUGAGAAUGAAAGAGGAGAAACUGAAAAGACUGGAAGAGGAACUGAGGGAGGUAAAAGAGGAGCAAAAGGCACAACAGGAAGUUGAGGAAGAGCUUCAUCUGGAGGAGGAGAGGAGAAGAUCCAGACUGAGAGAGCUGGAGGAGGAGAAGGCAGGACUGCUGGUGGAGCUACAGAGUAAGGAGAUGGAGGUGACAGGUCUUACAGAGGAGUUGCAGAGGAAGACAGAGGAGCUAUCUGAGCUCAGAGAGGAGCAAAUAGAGAAGGAGGAGGAGCUGAGAUCAAGAGAGGAGGAGCUGAUAAGUAGCAAAAGGGAGGUGUCUGCACUGAGAGACGAGAUGAAUAAGGAGCAACGAGCAAAUCAGGAGAAAUUGAGGACGUUUGAGGAGGAGGUGACAGUUCUCAGAGAGAAAGUGAUUAAAGAAAGGAAGGAGAAGGAGGAGAAGCAGGAGAAGCUCCGAAAAUAUGAGAAGGAGGUGUCUGAACUCAAAGUGGAGCUUCUGAAGGAACUCCAGGAGGGGGAGAAAAUCCGAGAUGAACUGAUGAAGAGGAAGGAGGAGGUGGAGGAAGAGGUCAGGAGGACCAAGGAUGCAUUAAAAGUCAUCACUGAGGAGGUGAAAAAAGAGAAGGAGCAGAUGAAAGAGAAAUUAACAAGGACAGAGAUGGAGGUGGGGACUGUAAAGGAGGCCCACAGGAGGCGUGAAAAGGAGGUGUUGCUGCUCAAAGAGGAACUCCAGAAGCAGCAGAAGGUGAAGCUGGAGACUCAAGAGAAGCUGAAGGAAAGUAGAGAAGAUGUCUUGGAUCUUGAAGAGGAAGCAAAGAAGGAGCGCCAGAGGAGGGAGGAGGUGCAGGAGGAAUUGAGAGGUGUUCAGCAGAACAUGGAGGUGUUGGAGGAGAGCCUGAGCUCCCUGCGGAGUCAGGUGUGGAAUCUGAGCCUGAGCCAGGAACAAGCUCAAAAUGAGUUGAAGGAGAAGGAGGAGCAGAACCAGGAGUUGAAGGACGGCCUUAGGGUGGCCAUGAAGGAGAUGUCACAGCUGGAGGUUCUUCUGAAGGAGAGCCACGCUGAGGGGGAGCUUCUGAAGACCGCCUUGGUGGAGAAGAAGAAGGAGAUGGACAGAAUCAAAGAGGAGAGUCAAAAGUUGGCCAAUGAGGAGCUGGAUAAGCAAGGAGAGCUGGAGGAGCUGCGAGCCAGAGUUCAGAGCCUGAAGAGGAGAAAAAGUGAGAUGUUAGAGGAGCUGGACAACGCAGAGAAGAGGAGGAAGGAGGCUGAGAGGAAGUGGAAGAGUCAAGUGGAGCAGAUGGAGAAAGAGCAGGUGGUGAAGCUGAACACUCUCAGUACAGAAAUCCAGUUACUGCGGAGGAAACAGCAGGAGGUGGAAACAGAGUGGAGGUCCAGGGUAGAAGGGAAGGAGGUGGAGGUAGAGAAAGCGAGAAUGGAGGUGCAAGAGAGUCAAACCGAGCUGAACAAGUGCAAAACCUUAACAGAGGAGCAGAAGAAUCAGCUCUACAUACUGACUCAGAGCAACAAGCAGCUGGAGGCAGACAGGGACCGGGUCCGAAUGGCCCUGGAGCGGACAGAGUCAGCCAUGAUUGGCUACAGGGACAGAGCGCACCAACAGGAGCAGAACCCCGGGGCAGAACCUCGCUCAGAGGAGGGUGACAGACUGUUGAUCCUGCAGCGCCAGGUGGCUGAACUGGAGCUGAACCAAAAACGGAUGGACAAGAAGAAUUCCCGUCUGGAAAGCCAGAAGGACAAGCUGAAGAAAGACAGAAGUGUUCUCAAAGACACGUUGAAACAGGUGGAGGAGGAACGAUCGAGGCUCCAGCAGCAGCUUUCAGUCAGCUCCAGGUCUGAGGCGAGACAGUCAUCUGAGAACACCGUUGACGUAGAGCGCACCGUGAAGGAGCUGGAGGACCAGGUGAAUCGUCUCCGCGUCUCGCUGGCUGUGGAGCAGGAGCAGAAGGCGGAGUUUAUCGAGCAGUCGUCCAGAAAUAGCGAAUGGCUGCUCUCGAUGAGGCAGGGCCUGAACGAUUCGCUGGCUGCCGUCUCACGCCGUCCAAUCCCAGCAGUCCUGGAGUCUGAGACGCAGCGAUUGGACCGCAGCUUGAGGGAGGAGGACCUUAGGUUGUCUCUGAGUCAAUCAUAGCACACGACCAAAAGACUUCAUAUCCGAGCAGCUUAGAUUUCUGAUUGGACAGACUCUGCCUACAGUGAGUCUUUAUUUAACGCUGACCAAUCAGAUGAGACCAAAACAUUACAGCUAACGAACUGUCACCUGAAUACUUGUUGUUUUUUUAAAUUUUAUUUUAAAUGUUAUUUAUUUUUUGUAAGCAGCUAAUAAACCAAAGGUUUUAUAACUGAG